AUGUGAUUUUUGCUUUCGCCACAAUGGCUUUGACAAUCGGAGAGGGUGUGCAGCGCUUCCUGCUGGUCCUCGUGCCCAGGCUCUUGCUGGCUCUCUUUGGGCUGGUCUCACCUGGCACAAAGCAACCAAAACAUCUCCCUCCAAUCAAAAACCCACUGCUUACUCUCUCUGCAGUGCAACUGGCUGAGAAGAUACGCAGAAGAGAGGUUACUAGUGUAGAGGUUGUGCAGGCCUAUAUUGACAGGAUACAGGAGGUGAACCCACUGCUCAAUGCUUUGGUCAAAGACAGGUUCUCAUUCGCCAUUCAUGAGGCCGCUCGUGCGGAUAAACUAAUAGAGGAGGAGAAUGGAGGAGAGGAAGUUCUGAGGAGCCGAUUUCCUCUGCUGGGAGUUCCUCUGUCUGUCAAAGAGUCAUUCUCUCUUCAGGGUAUGCCCAAUUCUGGCGGGUUGAAAUCCCGCCGUAAAGUACUCGCCAGUGUGGAUGCUCCUCCUGUGGCUCUGUUGAAGAGAGCUGGAGCAAUUCCUCUGGGAGUCACCAACACCAGUGAGCUUUGCAUGUGGAUGGAGUCCAGCAACCAUCUCUAUGGGAUCACCAGUAACCCUUAUGACCUCGAGAGGAUGUGUGGAGGAAGCUCAGGUGGAGAGGGAAGCAUCAUUGGUGGUGGUGCAUCUGUGAUAGGCAUUGGUUCUGACAUUGGAGGAAGUAUCCGCAUGCCAUGUUUUUUCAAUGGGAUAUUCGGCCAUAAACCUUCAAAAGAUGUGGUGUCAAAUGACGGUCAGUUUCCUUCAUGCACGGGUCUCCAAAAUGACUACUCAGGUUCUGGUCCAAUGUGUCGCUACGCUGAAGACCUACUCCCUCUUCUGAAGAUUAUGGCUGGACCCACUGCACACAAGCUCUCCCUCUCAGAAGAGGUGGAUCUGAAAAAGUUACGUUUCUUCACUGUAGUAAAUGAUGGUGGAUCUCCACUGACAUCUCCAGUAGACAACCAGCUCAUUCAAGCUCAAAAAAGGGUGUCUGCACGCUUAGAGGCAGAUCUGGGAGUUACAGUUAAGGAAGUUAGUUUUCCUCAACUUAAAUACUCUUUUCAGAUCUGGGACACAUUCUUGGCUCUACCUGACAAAGAUGGCAAGCCUCCAGAGCCUUUUGUUGAACUAAUGGCAGAUGGAGGCGCUGUGUGGCCUUUUUGGGAGCUGAUAAAGAGGAUUUUUGGAAGAUCUGAACACACUGUGGCUGCUAUUGGUUUGGCUUUGAUGGAGAGAUUUCACAGCUCUAAGCCAUCUCAGUUUAUCCUAAAACAAAAGGAAGAACUGCAGAAAGAGAUGGGGGAUCUGCUGGGGACAGAUGGAGUGCUGCUGUACCCCUCUCAUCCUCUACUUGCACCCAAACACCACCAUGCACUUUUUACUCCAUACAACUUCGCUUACACAGGGAUCCUGAACAUUUUAGGCCUGCCAGUGACCCAGUGUCCACUGGGAUUGAGUAAGGAGCGAUUGCCUUUGGGCAUUCAGGUGGUGGCUGGGAAGCUUCAAGACCAUCUGUCUUUGGCUGUGGCUCUCUACCUGGAGAAGGCUUUUGGAGGCUGGGUCGAUCCUGGAAUGGCUUAAGCACUAAAGACACUGGAGGAAAUCCUGGAACUAUUGGCAUGAAAUAACAUGUAAAUAGACAAUCUCAACCAACACUGCUUCAUCCAGUUGAUUUAAAGAGACAGGAAACCAAAAAAAAAUCAUGCACUCAUAUCGUUUCAGACCUUUAAGACUUUCUUCUAUGAAAUACCAAAAAUAUUUUGUAGAAUGCUGGUAAUCAAACAGUUGUGGUGCCCACUGAAACAUUUCUCAAAAUAUAUUUUAUAGUUUACUGAAGAAAGUAAGUCAGAGAUUUGGAUCAACAGGAGUGUGUGUAAAUGAUGGGAGAAAUAGUUUUUGGGUGAACUAUCCCUUUAAAACAAAUAAGUGGUUAAAAAGCUAUGGCCUUUUUUUAGGUCAAAUUUAGACAUGAUUUGGAAAAUGGUGUAAUAAUUUUAGCAGAUCUAUACAAGCAGAUUUACUAACAAAUACUACCUGAUUUUAGCCAAACAAAAGGACACUGUGUAACAGGUUUGCUAAAAAUAAAAAACGUCCAAAUACCUUUGAGUUAAGGUGCAUAUUGACUUAAUUUUAAACUAUUUGUAGAAUAAGUCUUUCAUUAAACCUUACUGUCUAAACAUUCAGCUGGAAUCCCUUUUCCACAUAAAUGUAUUGUAACAAAAAAUGUAAAAUUGUCAUAAAAUUGUAAAAUCUGUUCAAAAUUUGUGUCUUAGAUUUUGCACAAAAAUAAAAUGCAAAAAUAACAACAACUAGAUGGUUGUUAGAAAGGCAAUGAUUCAGUUGUGACUGUGGUUGUG